GGGGUGCCACAGGGCCCGAUUUCUUUUUCGCCAGGGCCGCUAAACCCGAAAAUCGCACCUAUUUCAAGGCGUUGCAUCGGGUAUAAAUCGCUCAGAAAACGCAUAUAUUUUGGUACUAAUAGUUGAAGGGGGCUCUCAACUAUAUAUUUGUGAAAGAUUUAUCAAAAUACCUUUCGAAAUAAGCGAGAAAUCGCCCAUCGGGCGGUGCGAGUUUUGCCGGCGGCAGCCCGCUCGCCCUCCCCCCGGCCUCACUGUUUACAAUGGUCGGCUUCGCGGGAAUGGGAUUUCGUGCCGUGUGCAAAGAAAACAAGAGUAAAGCUAGCCUUAGAUUUGUAGGUAACAUUACUAGCUACAGAAUGACACCCGAAUGUUGGCUGUACGGCUUCCAUGUGAGAAGAUAUUCUACUGUAAAGUUUUAAAAGUCGAUUUUCUCGGGAAAGUACCUCCUAAAAAUUUUUUAGAUACAUACAUAUUUGAAAAAUUCAGAAGUUUGCCGUUAUUUUGGUACCAGAUUCGCAUAUAUUGGAGUAAACACAGCGCGCGAAAUGUACGGCUACUUUUCCGACUACCAACGCUUGUUGGUGAGAGAGAAGAUGGCGGACGCACCCCAAGCCGACGAUGAAGAUCGCUAUGAUUCAGACACGAUUGCAGCGGCAUCCGACGAAAAUGCGGCCACAACUAGCUCCCAAAAGCCAGGUAAUUUAUUUUUUGGUAAUUCUAUGGAAUAUUUAGUCGAGUAAUGUCUGAUUUUUUAACGAUUUUGCCGCAUUGAUAUCUACGGACGGGAGGAAAAAAUUCAUACCCCUUUGUUUGCUUAUAAAGUUUGUCAUAGCUAGUCCAAAUCCUUACAUUUACCCAAAUUUCACGGCAAAACCUUGGUCAAUUAAUGGUUCUAGUGUUCCUUCAGAAGUUUGGUUUCAAUUUCCAGUGAUUUUCACCUUCCUUUGCUGUACUUCCGCUGUACUUCGUACCAACGAUCUAUACCGUGUCUAAGGGGGAGGGGGGCAGCAUCAUGCCCCUGUGCUUUCCUAAUAAUAUUAGUAAUAUCUUCUAUUUAAGAAUAGACAGUCAAUUUCUAUGUUUUCAUGCAUAUAAUAUUCCUUAUCUACAAAAUUUUGUUAACUUGAUCUUUAUUCCAGAUAACUUAUUUUUGCUGUUACUAUAUAGAUAGUUGAUAGAAAAGUCAGAUAUAUUAUUCUUAAUUAGGAUAACUUGAUAAGUGUUGAUAUCAGUUUGUGAAGACUUGUUAUGUUCAAAAUUUAAUUAUAAAUGAUGUUUUCUUUUUCUUAUGACAGAAAUCCUUGUCCCUGCAAACAUCAGAGUAGGGCCAACAUGUACAACUGCUGGCAUAACUGCUGAAGUACUGAGGAAUGGAUGGGGCAGUGACCAGCCAAGGGUACCUAUUACCGAGAUGAUGGUGGCCGAGAUUGAGGCCUAUCGAUGCAGAAAGAAGGUGUUGUUUGAAGAGGCCAUACAGUGGCUCGAGAGGUUGAUGGCACCAGCAGUUUUGGAGAGAGGAUGCGAGACAAGCCUUUUUACAUCAAUAGACAGGUUGAAGAAGAAGAUGACAACACUGAAGAAAAGUGCAAAGAAGGGAGAUAAUCCGAAAAAGCUGGAGAAGAUGAGAACAACGACUUACACGGGAGUAAAACAACAACAACCAGCAGCUGAGCCUGAACCUGUGCCACAACCAUCUACCUCUGGAAUGUCAAAAAAGCUGGAUGCUGUAAAACAUGCAAACCAAUCGCUGAAGAGUGAAGUGAAAGAGAAGGAUGCAGAGAUUCAGAGGAUGGUGGUUAAAAACUUUUCCCUGGAGAAAAAGGUGGAGGCAGCAGAGCGACAGAAAGUCAAAAUAAAGAAGGAGGAAGCAAAGAUUAGAAAGAAGAAAGAGAUGAUCAAGAACCUCCAAGAAACAGGAAGAGAGGCAAAGAAGAAUGUAAAGAACUUGUUAAGACAAUUGAAGCGACGUGAGGCAAAACUGAACACAAUGAAGGGAGAUUUGUCUCAACAGAAGGAACACUCCAAGGAACUUGGAAAAAGAUUGUCAGUCGUGACAGAGCAGAAGAAUAAGCUGAGGAAGCAGUCUACAUAUCAGAAGAAGACCAUAGAGAAGGCAAGGCAGUAUGACACUAUGCGGAAAGAAAUCAAGCGCCUGAAGAAAGAGAAGUCAGAACUUAAAGGUCUCGCGGAACAUUUACAGUUUGAACUAGAAUCUAGUGAAAGUGACCGAAAGAUCCAGUUGCGUACUGGCCCACACCCUACAAGUCCGUUUACAAAUGACUUCCGCCUCUGCUGCAUGAAACUGCUCGGCUGUAAUGUUUCUGCCACCAAACUAUCAGAAGUAAUACAUUGUGUCCUGACCACGCUGUGCAAACAAGAGAUCGAUAUAAGUGAGCUACCUGGAACAACGUUUUGCCAGCACAUCCGGAUGGAGUCAAACCUGGCUUCAUCCUACCACCUAGCAGAUCACCUUGACCAGUCAACCAACAUGAGCCUCCAUAGUGAUGGCACCAGUGAGGACCAGCAGAAGUUUGGGGACUAUGAAAUUACAACAGACAAAGGACAGAACAGGCUAUUGGGAAUUCUACCAUUGAAGUCGGGGGGGUCAGAGGAUCAGCUCGAUGGUCUCAAGUUUAUCAUUGAGAAACUGGCCAAACUAUCUGCGGACAACUCAAACUCAUACUCCAAACGCAUCAUCAGCAAGAUAAAAAACACCAUGGGGGAUGGGGCUGCCAGUCAAAAACAUUUCAACGAACUCCUACAGUCAUACAGGGAAGAGAUUUUGCCGGAAGUGAUAGAGAACUGGGAUCAGCUUGAAGACAGUGUGAGGGAGGACAUGGGGAAAAUGAACCACAUGUACUGCCAACUGCAUGGCCUCAUCGGAUUUGCCACCUACAGCGAUGAGGCCCUAAAGCAGUUGGAAGGAGUUUGGCGGAAGGCCUUCGGAAAACUGGGUGUGGAGGCACUAAAGGAAUUCCAAAACAGUGCCGGGGAAUACUCCUGGGGCAAGGGUGAUUCCGGGACCCAGCGACUGGUAAGGACCACAUGCGAUGCAGUUGCCCCCCGCGGUGACCAGAAAUCUGGAUGCAUGGGCGAGUUCGUCACCUACCUCAACCACAUGAACAAAAAACGAAGCACACACAUGAAGCCAUUCAAGGGCAACCGUUUCAACAUCUUGUUUGAGGCUGCGGCUGGGGUAUACCACCACCGCAAAGAUGUGGACGACAUGUUCCAUGCUGGGUACAACAAGGCAGGCAACAAGCUCCUGAGAGCAGUCUGGGCAGACAUCAAAUCCCCACAACUCUUGGCUGGCUGCAGAGCGCUGGGGAUAGUAUUCUAUCAUAUCACUGAGCCAUACUGGAGGCUUGUACUAGAUAAGAGGGUACACAUUCUGGACUUGUCGCCCCAACUCCAGCAUGCAGUGAAGACGUUUGAGAAGUGGAGAGAAGACGGCACACCCCUGCUAAGCGCUGACCUGGAACCACUCUUCACUGUUGCAGGUUCUCCGAUAGAACCAAAGAGGGAAGAAGAUGCCUUCAAGUCUCUGUACUCUCCAACUUCUCCAGAGAUAGAGACCAUGACUAAACAGGCACUCGAGGUAAUCAUGGCAAACAUGAUUACUGUCUGUGAGAGACGGUUCCACUCCCAGCUACAUGGCCAGUACAAAGAUGCAAGCAAUCAAGCACAAAGAGAAGAAAUGAAAGACAUGCUAAAGACAAACAUGAAAGGGGAAAAUGACUUUGGAUAUUUCACAUACAUGAAGACCUCCAAACCAUCAAUCAGCAUGAUGGCUCUGGAGGGACAAGCCAUGUUCAAGAGAAACGCAACUGGGGAAUGGCUUGAUAGGAUGUCUGUGGAGAACCCUGACAAGUACAACAACAUCAUGUUAGGGAGUAGAAAGAAGAUGCCAGAGGUUCACAAGGCAUACAAAGAAUGGGAGGAGGCCAUAAAACAGCACAAAAUAGAGAAGAUGGUGAGACGGGCAGAGGAGGCCAAGAAGAAGGAAGAGAAGAAGGCAAAGCAAGAGGCAGACCGUGAUGAGCUACUUCACAGAUUCGGUGGACCGGUCACUUCUCUGCAAAUGCUUGAUACAUUCCUGUCAAACACCUCUGGUUGUCCUGGGGGUGUGCGAUUAAAGGCUGUCAAAUCCCAGCUCAAAUACCUGGAAGCAACAUGCCGGCACUGUCCAAAAACGCUGUUCCGGUUUUCCGAGAAAGGGGCUGUGUUCAGAGUAGAGAGGCUUGAAGACAACUUGAGAACGAUUCUCAGCCUUGGUUCUAACAGCACAGCUGGUGAUGAUGAAGGAAUAACAGUCAAUGCAGCUUCAGAAGAUCCAGAGCAAAUGCACGAUGACGUCUCACAUGUGAAGGCUGGCUUUACCAAGAAAGGCGUGGAGGCAAAGCAAAGACAGGACACCAGCUUGCAAAGGGAAGAUGAAGAGAGGGAAGACACCAGUGAAAAUGUCCCGAGUGGAGAUGGAGACACCGGUGAAAAUGUCCCAAGUGGAGAUGGAGACAACGGUGAAAAUGUCCCGAGUGGAGAUGGAGACAACGGUGAAAAUGUCCCGAGUGGAGAUGGAGACAACGGUGAAAAUGUCCCAAGUGGAGAUGGAGACAACGGUGAAAAUGUCCCAAGUGGAGAUGGAGACAACGGUGAAAAUGUCCCGAGUGGAGAUGGAGACAACGGUGAAAAUGUCCCGAGUGGAGAUGGAGACAACGGUGAAAAUGUCCCGAGUGUUGAUGCCACUGAUGAAGAAGAACAGAGUGAAGAUGGGGAAAGCAGUGAAGACACUGGGAGUGAAGAUGAAGAUGCCAGUGAAGAAGAUGAAGGGAGUGAAGAUGGGGACAGCAGUGAGAGUGAUGAAAUGGAAGAUGAUGAGAGCAGUGAGGAGGAAGAGAGCAGUGAGGAGGAAGAGAGCAGUGAGGAGGAAGAGAGUGUGGAACCUCCCAGCAAAAAGCAGAGAAGAGACAUUCAGUUUGUGAAGGACAAUUUUGUGGCUGUUGCCUUUGAAGAUGGCUGGUAUCUGGGUCAAGUAGAAGACAUUCACGAGUCAGUACAGGGGGAAUCUACAACUGCAACAGUUAACUUCAUGCAGAGACAGUGGGACCGGAAAGGUCUUGGUGUGGAUGACAAUCCUAAGUUCUUCUGGCCACCUAGAAAGGCAAGAGAGGACACUGACAUUAUUUAUGUUUUUGAUUCCAAUGUACAGAUAGAGCCAGACAAAAGUUCUAAUGCUCGACAUUACAUAGUAUCUGGAUGUAAGGAUGUUAAUAUCAAGUAUAAUCUCUACUACAAUACAUACUUUGCCACAAAACCAUCCUACAAAAAGCGAGGUAAGAAAACCCGCUAAAUGCUGUUUUGACAGAUCACACCACGUAGUUUGAAGAAUGUAACAAUUUCCAUAAUGUCCGGUAAUUGAACAUUUAUUGCUAGUUCCUUUACCUUAUUGGUUUUGUUGCUUUAGGCUUUUAGCUGAAGCAGAUAGAUAGGUUUUGAUGCCAGAUAUGAAUCAAGCAUGUUCCAAAACCCCUAUGUGCCAGUUUUUGGCCCUAUAUCCUGUAAGAUGAUGAAGUUAUUACAAUUUCGCAUAUUUAAUUAGCCGAGUUGGAUUUUAUGACCUUAAGAUGGCAUGAUUUAUUGAUUAUUCAUCAUUUGAAAAGAGAUGGAUAAGUUUUGAUGCCAGAUUUGAAUUCAGGGCAUGCCAGAACCUUUGUGUACCAAUUUUUUCCCUUGUAUGUUUAAAAUUUUUUGAGAUAUUGCAAUUUCGCAUAUUUAAUUAGCUGACUUAGUUUCUGUGCGAUCAAGUUGCCUUGGACCAUGUCCAUAUUUUUGUCAUUUUUGGCAAAUUAUCCAUCGAUGAUAUCUUGAGAAAUAAUGAAGCAUGAGCCACAAUUUUUAUGUAUUUGUUACAUUGGUAGUAAUAAAAGAGAAGCAUGUGAAAAUUGUUUGUCUAUAGUUUUUCUCUAUUCAGUUAUAGCAUCUUGAAAUAUAGUUAAUUUAAGGAUUAUUACGAGUCCGGAGAAUUUAAGGCAAAUUUUCAGACCUUUGAACGGCCAUAACUCUCUAACGGUAUGUCCGAUUUAGUUCAAAUAAAAAACAUUCUGUUCCUUUCACAAAGAUCUAUCAAAUGAGACCAAGUUCUAAA